GAGACGUUAAAAUAAUAACAAAUCAUCAAUCAUGUGUUGAUGAAAUCAUGCAAAAUUAAAUAAAAUUUUGUUGUGAAAUAUUGUAUUAGUCAUCCAAGUUGUGACAAUAUUUUUGUUUAAACAUAAAUCCUCUUAUAACAAACUUAAUAAAUCUACAUAGAAAUGAAUUUUUUUAGAAAGGAACCCACAGUAAAAGAACAGCAAAGACAAAAUGAGAGAGAACUUAGAAAGGCCACUAGGGAUUUGGAACGGGAUAAAGCAAAGCUAGAGAGAGAAGAAAAGAAAUUGGAAAUGGAUAUUAAGAAAAUGGCUAAUGAAGGCAAUAAUGAUGGAUGUAAAAUAUUGGCUAAGCAAUUGGUGCAAUUAAGAAAGCAGAAAAAUAGAAUAUACUCCGCUAACAGUAAGAUAUCAAAUGUUCAACUCCACAACAAGACGAUGGGAGCGAACAUAGCCAUAGCGGGUGCGAUGGGCACCACGGCCAAGACAAUGGGCAACAUGAACAAGGUCAUGAACCCGCAUCAAAUCGCCAAGGACAUGGAGGCGUUCAGACAGGCCAAUGCCAAGAUGGACAUGACCGAUGACAUGAUUUCAGACACUCUUGAUGACAUCAUGAACGAAUCUGGCGACGAAGAAGAAUCUGAGGGAAUUGUGAACCAAGUGCUUGAUGAAAUUGGCAUUGAAAUUAGUGGCAAGAUGGCCGACGCGCCGUCUGUGGCUCGGAACAAAAUUGGCGCUUCGACUACUGAUGACGACAAGGAAAUCAUGGCUCAGCUCGCGAGACUUAAAUCCACAUAAUUAUGGAUUUAUCUGAUGAUUACGUUCACAUAUUUAUUAGGAAAUUAUUAUCUUUUGAAAAGUACUAUUUGCGAUCUUUUGUAAAGGUUCCGAUUCCAAAGUUAUUAGUUCGUUAAACAACUGAUAUUUAAAUCGUGGUAUGUAAUGUAUAAUUGUUUUGAUAAGGGCUGAUUUUUCAAUAGUCGGAUAACUUUAUACUUGAGAAUAAGUUUGGCACAUUGACAGUUUCAGUAUGGAAAAUAUGUCAAAAUGACAAGUUUAUUCUUCAGAUAAAAGAUAUCUGACGAUUGAAAAAUCGGCUCUAAAUCAUGUCAAUAUCCAAACAAAAAAGUGCUUAUUGUUUUUGUUUUUUGGUUGGUACUUGUUAAUAAAUAAGAAAACUAUUUUCUUACUAGCUAUUAUUUUAAUUAAAUUAGUAUUAUUUUUAUAUUUUUUCACUAACUUUAUAUUUAUGUAAUUUAUGUAUGUUUUGAGCAGUAGGUACUCUUGUUGAACUAAUUUAUACAUCAAUAUUAAUGUUAGACCAAACUAUUCAACAUUUUUAAAUCAGUACUUAUAUUACUAAUUACUAUAUUAUAAUUUAAAUUUAAAUACCACUGAGUACUAAGGGAGCAUUCAAGUAUUACGUAACGCAAUUUUUGAAGAUUUUAGACUCCCCCUCCCCCCUUGUAACGCACCGUAACGUUUUUCUGUACCCCCCCUCCCCCUCUCUAAACGUUACGUAACACUCAAGUGACCAUUUUUACAGUUAACUAUGUUAUAGUUUUUGUCCUUGGUAUAGUUUUAAUUGCUUUUGCGGUAAUCAUACUAAAUAAAACAAGAGAUUUUCAAUCCGCAACACCUGCGUAUUUCGUUUAUUUUUCUAUAAAUUUUUGGCUUUACACACACACAAAUGUUUUUCUCCGUCAUUCUUAUCCUAUUUUAGUUUUUUUUUACUAAUAAACUCUUAAAAUACA